AUGGCUGGAGCUAUUGUCUCGCUUGUUCUGCAAACGCUUGGAAAUAUGUUGAAAGAUGAAGCAAGAUUCUUGUCGGGAGUGACGGAUCAAGUUGAAGAAGUCCGGAGAGAGCUAAAGCGAAUGCUCUGCUUCCUAAAAGAUGCAGAUGCCAGAAACUGCAAAGAUGAAACAAUUCGCAAUUGGCUGAGGGAAAUCAGGAGUCUUGCUUAUAGGAUUGAAGAUCUCGUCGAGACGUUUGCUAUUGAAGUUGCGUCCAGGAGAUCAUCAGGACAUAGAGGUGUCAAGAAAGUUCUUAAAAGAGUUUCCGGCACAUUUGCUGAGAUUAGAUCUCUUCAUAACAUAGGAGUGGAGAUUACCAAAGUCAAAAGUGAUCUAAGUAGCCUCACUGCAAGUCUCCAAAUGUAUGAUGUGAGAGCUAUUGGUGAAGCAGAAAGCUCAAGUGCAGCGAAUGAUGAUCGAAAGUUCCAACAAUGGAUACGGCAAACUUAUGCCCAUGAGGUUGAGGAUUACUUCGUUGGAAUGGAGGAUGAUAUAGCUAAUUUGGUGUCACUAGUAAUUGAUGAUGACAAACGCCAUCGUGUCAUUUCUAUAUGGGGAAUGGGCGGUCUUGGCAAGACAACUCUGGCUAGGAAAGUUUACAAACACAUUGCCGUUCAACGGAGUUUCGAACGUUUUGCUUGGACUUGUGUAACGCAAGAAGGUCAAAUGAAAGCCAUUUUACAGGAUCUGUUGAUGCAGCUUCAUCCCCAAAAGCAGGAGGAUGUCAAGUUCAUGGGACACAGGCAGUUGGUCCAACAACUUCAUCAAGUGCAGAUAGAGAAAAAAUGUUUGGUUGUUCUUGAUGACAUCUGGAAAGUGGAUGAUUGGAAAAGCUUGCUUGCGGCAUUUCCUGUUGUUGAACGGGACAUCAAAGUUUUGCUCACAACUCGUAACAGGAAUGUUGCAAAAAAAGGAUGUCUCUAUGAGCUUAAAUGCUUGAAUGAAAUGGAAGGCUGGGAGUUGCUACAAAAGAUCGCUUUUGCAAGAAAGCGAGCAGAUUUGAAGAUUGAAAGAAAUCUACAGGAUGUUGGGAUUGAAAUGGUAUCCAAGUGUGGAGGCCUACCAUUGGCUAUUACUGUACUAGGAGGAAUUCUCAAAGACAAAAAUUCCUUCAGAGAAUGGCAAAUGGUGAAUAGAUACAUUGGUUCAUAUCUAAGCAAGGUGGAAGACGACGAAGAGAGAGAUGGAGGAUCGAUUGCCCGAGUCUUGUCCUUAAGUUACAAUGAGCUGCCACAUCAUUUAAAGCUAUGUUUCCUCUAUUUGGGCAAUUUUAAGGAGGAUGAGGACAUAAGACCACAACAUCUGUAUUUACUAUGGAUGGCAGAAGGCAUGGUUUUGAAAGAACACCAAAGAAGCGGAGAAACUCUGAUGGAAGUUGCACAAAGAUACUUGAGCGAAUUAGGCCGCAGAUCAAUGGUUCAAUUGAAACUGCACGAGUCCUCGAUGUCCAGGAAGUUUGUCUCUUGUCGCCUUCAUGACAUGAUGAGAGACUUGUGUUUGCAGAAAGGCAGAGAAGAAGAAUUUGUCAGGGUUGUAGAUUUUCAAGGUGUGCAACCACAACCGUUGCUGCAUUCAUAUUCUCUCACAAAUAAUGCUCACAGAUUAGUCAUCCAUGCUCAAAAUGAGGAAGAUGGUGCUGCUACGGUAAGCAGUGCGCUAGAGGAUUGUCAACAAUUGCGCUCGCUGUUUUGCCUGAAAGCAGUUGCUGGAUUUUGGGAACCGCAAAUGCUCUGGCCACAGGGUGUAGUCCUAAAAAAUUUCAAAUCUCUUAGAGUUCUAAAAUUUGAAGGAUUUGAUUUUGAUGGGAAAAAGCUGCCCAUACAAUUACCAAAUUUGGUCCAUCUGAGGCUUUUAAGUUUGAAAUUCUGCAAAUUGGAUGAAUUGCCAUCAGCAGUAGCUGACUUGCCCUUGUUGCAGACCUUGGAUCUUGAAGUGAAAAAUGAGAUAAAAAUCCCAAAUGUUCUGUGGAAAAUGAAACGAUUGAAACACUUAUUUCUUAGUUUCAAACACUCUACAAUGGAUGAAGGGGGCAAACUGCAGUUACAUGGGUUAAGCGAGUUGGAGACCCUCUGGGCAUUAGAUAGUAAGACGGAUGAAAUUGCUGAUCUUUUGCACCUCGAGAAUCUUCGGAUACUCUAUGCAAAAGUAAAUGAUGAUGAAAGCCUUCAAAUUUUGAUGAAUCGGAUCAGCCUGAACUGUCCAAACUUGAGGGAGUUAGACCUUUUCAUAGGUGACUGCAAUUUUAUUAGUUCAGAACAAGGGCAUGUUCUUUUGGAGGAGGUGCUUCUUUGUAAAUGCCUUCAAAGUUUGUACUUUGAAGCACAAUUGAACCAGUUUCCAAAAUAUGACCAGCCAUUCCUACAAAGCCUUGUUGCAUUACGCUUGACAGACAAUUAUAUGGAAGAAGAUCCAAUGGAAACACUAGCGCAGCUUCCUCAGCUGCAAUCCCUCACACUGGGUUAUAAAUCCUAUAUGGGUGAUUUCUUGAUUUGCCAUGAGUCUGGUUUUCCACAACUUGGGUCUCUAAUUCUUUGUAGGCUACCCAACUUAGAAUACUGGCGGCUGGAUGAAGGAUGUAUGCCCAAUCUUUCUCAUCUGGAGAUUUGGUACUGUGAAUUACUAGCUAUGAUUCCACAUGGACUAAGGUCUGCUCUAGGCCUCAAAGAGCUAGUGAUUGGUGGUAUGCCUAACGAAUUUUGUGACAGGGUCAAGGUGGUAGAUGGCCAAGAAGGAGCAGAUUUCUACAAAAUCCAACAUGUUCCUUCAAUUUCUAUCCACUACGAUCAGUGA